AUGGCAGCAGGGAUGCAGGAGAAGGGGAGGGAUGGGAUGGGGAGGAGAGAGGAGGAGAGGGAGAAGAGGGACAGGAGGGACACGGAAGACAGAGACGAAAGAGACGACAGGAGAGAGAGGAACGAUGCUUUGAAGAGAUUCGAGGCAGAGAUCUUCGAUCACCGAAGGGCUGGAUCGACUUUCGCAGCCGAGCAGAACCUGUGGAAGCAGGUUGUUUACAAGCGGAUUGAUGAGUACCGGAAACGAAGCAUGAGGAGCAAAGCCGCUAUGGCCGACCCCACAAAGAGUGCACGAGCGGCGCAGGUGCUAGCUGCGACCAACAAGGCGUUGGUCCGAUUCCUGGAGGAGAUCAUCCGAUUCUACAUGGGAGUCCUCAAGAGUCUCUGGCACGUCUGUCAGCUUCCCCUAGGGCUAAUCAAGUUUGCUCCUGCCAGCGAAGCUCGCCCGGUCGACCCAUCGCUGUACUCCGACGAGAAGAAGCAGGAGAUGCGCAUGAGCUGCCAUCGAACGCUGGUGUACCUUGGCGACUUGACGAGGUACCGGGAGAUGUACAAGGAGGGAGGGGAAGGAGGAUGGGAGGAGGUUGAGGAUCUCUACCGCCUUGCCUCUCUCCUCUGUCAUGACAGUGGGAACCCGCACAAUCAGCUGGCUGUGAUCGCAACGUACAAAGAGGAUGACUUCGCUGCCAUGUACCACUACGCGCGAGCCCUGCUGUGCUCGGAUCCGUUUGAGACGGCGAACAAGAACUUGACGAUGGUCUUCGACAAGAACAAGAAGAAGUACGAGGACCUCACUCGCAGGAAGGCGCUCGAGCGCCAGAUUGUCGACGAGAGCAGCAGGUUGUGGAACGUGGGAACCAUCUUCGUUCGGCUGGUGAGCAUGAUACUCACCAUGAAGGACUUGCACGAGUACGAGCGAGCUCAGAACUUGUUGAUCGAGCACCUGACGUCGGUUCUUGAAUCUAAGUUCGACGCUUCGGAGACGUUGAUGAAGAUGGUGAUCUCUUGUAUCUUCUGCAUCCAUCAGCUCGAGAGCAAGCUCCCCGGAGACCCUCAAGACUUCCAGCUGGCUCUGAGCAAGGCCUCCUACUACGUUGCCCCUGUUGCCAUGUUGUGCGUCUGGUUUUCUCAUGCGAGGGAGAAGCUCAACGACCCGCUGCGGCUCGUGAGGGUUGACGAGGUCGGGCAGGAGCUUCUCUCAGACCGCAACAUGUUGGUUGAGAUUCUGGUUGACCUGUUCAACAUCUCCAAGGAUUGCUUCGAUGGGAAGGUGGACUUCGGCAGCGAGAGGGCCGACGUUCUUCUCCCGGAAGACCUCAACGUCGCAGGGUUCCGGCCUCUAGCUCCUCACUUCGACAGCCUGGGACACUGUCUGAAGAACGGUAGCCUGGUGGGAGCAGAACCCUUGAAGGACGAUGAAGCUCUCUACCGGGUCAGGUUGACGCGCGUCUUCAAGCUGCUCUUUAGCUUGUCGGCUCAGCCUCGCCCUAUGGCCUUCUAUGAUCCUGUCAAGUCGAUCUUCAGCGUGGAGGAUGCGGCCCUCCCGCACGGAGGAGUCGAAGAGAAGCUGUCGUCCGUUGGAGUAGAGCAGGAAGAGGAGCUGAAGGACUAUGGGGGGCUUGCUGGGGCAGACGAGGAUGAGGUCAACGAGGAGACGUUCGGGGACCAAAUGGUCCAGGUGGACGAGGAAGAGGACCUUGGCUCUCUGUCGAAGCAAACAGCUCUGUUUGCAACCUCCUUGAAUCCUCCGAUGAUGAUGCAGCACGGAAGCUCCGCUCACCACGAUGGAGACGCCAUGAUGGUCACAAACAUGGAGCAUCAGGAACAGGCUCCUGCCUGGCACCGUAACGAGUGCGAAGAGGAGCGGAAGGCACAAGAGGAGGAGGAGGAGGAGGAGGAGGAGGAGGAGGAGAUCAUCGUCUUCCAGCCGAAAAGGAGCCCGUUCCGAGAUCUCGCGGCAGGACAGCUUGGCUCCUUGCCGCUACCAGGGCACAACCCCUCGAGCGCACACACCGUAGAAGGGACGGGAGGCGGAAUGUCGACCCUGCCAUGGGGUGGCUUCGGCUCUGGUCUGGCGGGCUAUGGGAAGAGCGUGACAGGGAAGGGAGAGGAGCCUGCCAUGGCGAAGCCGCAGAUCCUCGUGCUGCAACAAGAUGCUUCUCCUGCACCAGCUGGACUUCAGUCGCCGCUGCUAGCUGGUAGCCGGGAGUUCCUGACGACUCCAACCGCAGGCUCUCCUCGCUUCGCCACCAGAAACCCCUUCGCUCCACACCCGUGA